AUGGCGGAGCGUGGGGCAGGCUUGGCAAUUAUUGCUGAGCCAUGGAGGAUACCGGAUAGUCACCCUUGCUGGGCGACAAAUACGGAGCGAUCGGCAGCAAUUUACUGGCGGCGCACGAAAGAGCAGCACGUGCCGUGCUGUAAGAAGGGCGAGGGACCAGGUUGGGUCAUGGUGGAGUGGGGCCCCCUGCUAGUAGUAGGGGUCUACCUCAGACCCAGCCUGUCCCGAGCCGAAUUAGAAGAAAGGUUGGAAGACUUGGAGAUGCAGGUCAGAGCGUCCUUACCGAGGCCAAUACUGAUCGCCGGGGACUUCAACGCCAAGUCGGCGUUGUGGGGUUCCCGGCGGCCGGAUUGCAAGGGUGCGGAGGUGGAGGCCUGGGCAGACCGCCUGGGCCUCCACCUAGUUAACACGGGCACGAAGAGUACGUGCGUCAGGCCGCAGGGGGAAUCGGUGGUAGACAUCACCUGGGUUUCCCCUGCGGCAGCGAGGAUCAUCACGGCAUGGAGGGUGGCGGAAGAGGUGGACCUCCUCUCGGAUCACCUCAUGCUAGAGAUGGAGGCCCACCUGACUCCCCCGCGAAGGGAUGAGCCGGGCGACAGAAGACCGCUCAGAUGGGCCACGAGAAAGUUAGACCCUGACAAAUUGCAGGCGUCCUUGGCCGCGGAGACGUGGGCCCCGAGGGCAACUGUAACGCGGGAGGGGGAGAUUGAAGAAGAGGUCAUAUGGAUGAGGCAGGCAAUGACCCGGGCCUGUGACCAGGCCAUGCCGAGGUCGACCUUCUCUGCGCGAAGGGCCACAUACUGGUGGUCUGAGGAGCUGGGGGACCUCCGCCGCGAGGUCAUUCGCGCGAGGAGGAAAGUCCAGAGGGAAAGAAGGCGAACGACAGUGAACCAACAAACCCUGGACCUCCUACUAGAUCACUGGAAGGAAAAGAGGAAGGGGCUGAAGAUGGCUAUACUGGCGGCGAAAGAAAAGGCCUGGGAGGAGGCCAUCGCCA